ACGCAAGACGUGCUUUCAACAGUCAUGGAAGCCUUGCGGAUGAUAUUUUUUGUGUGCUUAGGAGCCUUCAUAGGUUUCUCUGUUGUACUCGGAGACUGUGACGUCAACUUGCCUGGAAUAUGUUAUUUUGUUCCAGACUAUUCUCUGGGAUGGACAGAGGCUAGGAGCAAAUGUCAAGAACUUGGAGGUGACUUGGCUGUUCUCGAGAGUGAACACGUUCGUGAUGCUGUUAACGUACUUGCAAAAAAUGGUCUCAAGCUCUGGAUUGGAUUGCGCAAACCAGAUCAUAAUGGGAUGUCACCACAGGUUGAAAAAGCAAUUUAUUACGAUGACAAGAAAGACUAUUCCUGGAUUCAAUCUACUGCGAACAAGGCUAAGUGCGUAAUAGGUGUUGGAAACCAUGAUAACGUUUUCGAGUGGCAGUUUAAUGAUUGUCGAAGCGCUCAAUCAUUUCUGUGUGAAGUUUCAGACACAGAGGACAUCUUACAUAGAGUAAAUAGAAAUGCAAAGUUCGCAAAAGCGUCAAGACGGAUCAGAAAUCCUGACGUGCAUGAUAUUUUAAAAAUCAAUGAAGGUUUGGAUUUAUUUCAAGGGGAUAUAGUAUUGACAGAAGAACAACAAAGAAGACAUGAUGCAGGAAUGCCCCUGUUUUCUGAUGAAAAAAGGGGAGUCACAACAGUGACCUCUAGAUACUGGCCUAAUAAUGUAGUGAACUACGUCUUUGAUACUAAUAACGCAUUAGACGACAAUGGUAAAGGUAUCGUACGAGCUGCAUUGGCGGAUUUAGAAGCAGAAACUUGUUUAACUUUCGUGGAAGGAGUGGCAACCGAUUAUGUUAGUAUCUUUAAUGGGGAUGGAUGCUGGUCAUACCUCGGAAAGACUGGUGGAAAGCAGGAUAUGUCACUUUAUAACGGACCUUUAGGAACUUGUUGGUGGCAGGGAAUUAUUCAGCACGAAUUUCUACACGCCUUGGGAUUUUUCCACGAACAAUCUCGACCAGACCGAGACGCCUACAUUGAGAUUAUAUGGAACAACAUCGACCCUAAUUAUCACAGCCAAUUCAACAAGGAAACAGCGGCUUCUAUGGAUGUCCAAUCCACUGCAUAUGACUAUGGCUCACUAAUGCACUAUGGUUUGUAUGAUUUUGCAAUAAAUCCUGCUUUACCCACGAUGACAUUACUGCAAACUUAUGGCGGAACAGUUGGCCAGAGAGAUGGUCUUAGUGCAACCGACAUAGUGGAAGUUAAUGGCAUAUAUCCAUGUGGUGUCACAUUGACUUGUCCGUACGGAGAUCCAUACGCUGAUGCAGGUGGUCAGGUCGUAUAUUGUGACCUUCCUGUUGGUGGGCCCACCGGUCCAUUCGUUAAUUCAUGUCCUGUUGGACAUUCAUGUACAGCUGUGAGUUCUACCCCGGGAGACGGAUCAAUAUGCUGUCCAAUACGACUCUGUAAAGGCAACUGUGGCCAAGAACUCCAGGAGCGUAACUGCUUUUGUGGCGCUGGGUGCGAACGAGUGGGAAAUUGCUGUCCUGAAUAUAUUGAUGAAUGUUACGGUAAAGCAAACUGUUAUGGUUCUGGCGAUCCUCACUACAAGACGUUUGACAACACUUACUACGAUUACCAGGGUGAAUGUGAAUACGUUUUUGUGACGGACAAUUGUUUGGGAGGUACAACUCAUUUUAAGGUCAUCGUGGACAACGAGUUGACUUGGCCUGGGUCAACUGUGUCCUACACUAAGCAAGUCAGAAUUUAUGUAUAUGCUAUGGUCAUAGAAUUACUUCCAAAUAAAGAAGUCAAGAUUGGCUCAGGCACGGUCUAUCCACCGCUCACGAUCGAUUACUUAACCAUCAGUUAUGUUGGUAAUAAUGUGGUAGUCAAUACUGGAUAUGGUCUUCGCGUGUCUUGGGACGGAUCCUCCGUGAUUAAUGUUGAGGCUAUCUCUGGCCUUAUGGAUGAGGUGUGCGGAUUAUGUGGUUCAUAUAACGGUAAUUCAGCUGACGACUUCAUUAUGCUAAAUGGAAACUUGGCAUCUAGUGUUAACGAGUUUGGCAACAGUUGGGGGUCUCUGCCUGAUAUGUGUUCCAGCAACCAACAUUGGAAAUUUGGAUCGACGUGACGGAGACGAUCAUCCCUGUGAAUUGCAUCCUGAAAACGCUGAAGAGGCACUUGAAAUUUGUACAUCAUUGAUCGAUGCUUUACCAGAGUGUGCUGG